AUGUGUAGUUAUACUAUAUUGCCAGCUCAUUUUACUGAUGCUAAUUAUCAUAGACGUUGCGGAAUUCAUGUUCAGACAUUAUUGUUAUGCCAUGAACCGAUCACUGGACUUAUCACUGUAGCAGCAAUUUUAAUUGGUGUUAUUUUAUUAAUUAAUCCAAGCCUUCAUCGUAAAACUUCAUUAUACAAUCAGUUUUUUCAUCAUUAUGCACGAGUAAGAGCUAAUCAUUACUUAUUACUUUAUCGAAUAGCUAUAGCUUUAUGGAUUGCUAUACAUAUUAUCCAUAUAAUUACCAUUAUUACUAGCAUUUUAGCUACACAAUUUAUUCGACCAGAAUUGCUAUACCCUCAGCUUAUCAUACUUAUCAUAUCAGUGGGAUUCUACACAUUUAGUCUGUUAUGCAUUAUAACAAUGAAUUUUAUCGGUUCAAAUGUCAUCUGGAUAGCACCACUUGUUGCUUCAUUUUUCUGCUUUUUUACUUCAACAAAUUUAUAUCUCCUUGUAUUGACUCAUCGAUAUGUAUCUGAUCGUCGAGAAGCAUUACAAAAAAUAUUGCGAAGUGCAAAAACGGUAACAUUCAAAGAUAUUCGAUCAUCGAUCAAACAAUACGAAGAAUAA